CAAGCCGAUGUACAACUCUCUUUCUGGCGUCCAUGUCGUUCCUACUUGAAUGCAUUCUUUCUUCUACAUACCGAGGAAGGAAGCAUCAUCGAGUCACCGAAUCGCACCAAAUAUCUCAAAGUUCCUGGGUAUUGCGUAGUAUCAAGUAAAUUUCUCAACCCAUCCGAGGCAAACUACUCGUGUCCAAAUGGAAGGACCAGUACAUUAACGACCUGAUCCAGCAGCUGGAAGUGUACUCGUGGAUAUCGCCGACCUGUUUUUUUGUCCCUUGUGCGAGGAGUGUUUUCUGGGAUCCACUAUGCUCCUACAACAAGAUUUUCCUCCUCGAAUUCGACAACGCCUCCCGCGCAAUAGCAAGCUGAUCGCGGACCCUGUGCGUGGCCAUCGCAACUCAUUUCACACAAGGGCCCGACAUCACCGCCGCCGCUCGACUCGCGCAAAAACGCCUCCCUCAAGAAAUCACCACCACACCGUCCUUUGCCCGCUCCAGCAAGAAAGGCCUCCCCGAAAUCCAUCGGCUCCUCGAGAAACCCAUAGCCGUGGUUCCCCCAGACUCCUCGGUGCUAUCCCCCGUCCUCGCGCACCCCGCAUGAGCGCAUCGAACAUGCCCCGAGAAACCAUCCAUCAAACGCUUCCUCGACUGGCAGGGCGCCAGCAUCGCUCCCCCCAUGCAAGCCUCCAUACCAGCCAUACCAGCACUUCUUGUUUACACCAAUGGCGUCUUCGAACUCGACUCCGAGGGACACAUCCCACUUUCUCUGAAAGACAUCGACGAGCGGCCCCCAGACGAGCAGGAAUACCUUCGACUCCAUCACAAGUUGCUCUCCCGGUAUCGGUCCUAUCUAACCUAGAUGGAGAAGCUCGUACCCGUCUAUGCUGGUGCACGGCGCCUCCCGCAUCAGGAACCUUCCCCUAGCCCUUCUCCGGUGUUGAGCUGACGGUCCGGGAUGUGCUUACCAAGAUAUCAGAUGCUGAGCUCAUCCCAGCGUUCCUUUUCCGAGUGGGUUUCUCGUCAGCAGAACGUGAAGCCCACUAUGAGGUGAGGUGAGGUGCGGGGCGCAGUAU